AUGGCACUUGAGAGGGACAACGACCUGGCGACUAGAACCCACCCCAGCGUUCACGAAGUGUGCCGCCUCCUAGAUUUCUGCCUCAGCGGAACGUACUUCUCAUUCAACGGAGAGUACUACAAGCAGACUACCGGAACAGCAAUGGGUGCGUCAAUAUCGGUAACCGCAGCGAACUUGGUGAUGGAAUCAAUUGAAGAAAGGGCCCUGCAAUCCCCCGAUAUUAAACCGAAAACAUUCUUACGGUACGUAGACGAUUGCUUCUGUAUUUUGAAGAAUUCCGAUGUUGACGAGUUUUUGGCACGCCUAAACCGCAUCGAGCCAUCCAUCCAGUUUACCGUGGAACUCGAGAGGGACAACGUUUUGCCUUUUCUCGAUGUACUCGUAAAGAGAGAAGGAAGUGACCUAAAGUUCACCGUGUACAGGAAGCCCACUAAAACGGGACGAUAUCUAAGGUUUGAUUCCAAUCACCCUACGUGUCACAAGGCUUCGGUGGUUUCGUCCCUUUUUUCGAGAGCUAAGAAGAUUUGUUUGUCGGAGAAAGACAGGAAAAAAGAAGAAGCAGCAAUCACUUCCGAUUUAAAAAAAGAACGGAUACACAAGUAG